AUCUAGUGAGAGCCGGAUCACAUGGGUCCUCUGUUAGUGCAAGAGAAAGCCAUCUUCAGCUGGGUCACACAUGCAGGCUUCCAACUCGAGUCAAAGUGGUGAGAAACAACUUCAAUAAAGGUGUACCUCCAACACCGCCCCUACAGCAACACAGUCGUUACAGAAGCGUAGUGACGUGUGGAGGCUUAAGUACUUCAGACUCCUGUUCUAGUCCCUGGACACACCUAAGAAUAAGACUGGCCAUCCCCAGCCAACUGCUGUCGCAAGUUCGUAAGGAAACACAAGACGUCAGAUAUUUGGCAGCCAGACUGAGGCGAUGACACAAGUGCUGCAACAACAUAGUGAGGUGGUACGGUCCCUGCUGGCCCAGACAGAGUCAUUGAAGGAGACAUUAACAUCUGUAACUGGGGCACAAAGCGCCCAGAAUCAUCUCUUGUUAGCACUAAAGACUGAACUGGAGACUGAGAAGCAGACCAAACGAGCACAGAGGCGCACCAUCCAGGACCUGAGGAUGGAGUUUCACACCCUGAGGGAGGAGAGUCAGACGUGGCGGAAUCACCUCAGACGAAUGGAGGUGGAGGUAAAGGCUGGCCUGCAGAAGUCAGAGGUGGCAGCCCAGGAGGUCACUAUAGAAGUAAAAGGGGCAACUGACCGCACCAACAGUCUGGGGAAGGUGAUCCGGAGCAUCCAGCGGAGCUUGCAGGGGCUGGAGCAGACAGUGAGCCGACACACGGCCGGCCUCACGACCCUCAGGAGGACCGUAGGCAGAAGACCUCAGCUUUCACCGGACACCACGUCAUCCUCGCCACCGACUGAUGCCCCACAAGGUAAAACUGUGGACUGUCCGCACCCAUAUGCACGCAUCGGUCUGGGCUGCUUCACCGUCCACUCUACGCAACAACUCUCCUGGCAACAAGCACGGGACCACUGCAGGGGUAUCGACGGUGACCUGGCCAACCCUUUUGACUUGUACGAUAUAGUUCUUUUCCUUGACGAUUCCUUCCCAGAAUCUGUGUAUUCGACCUCAGGAGGCUGGGGAUUCUGGAUCGGUGGAACCCUCGACACCAAUGGAACUUGGCAGUGGGUGUCUGGCAUUCCGGUCGGCACACAAGUGGACUUCUGGGGGCGGGGAGAACCGGGCGACGCUUUGGGCAACGAUGAACGCUGCCUGUUCCUCCACGGUUGGUGGAGGUUCCGUGCCGGGGCAGACCCGUGCACAAGUGAGAAGUACUUCAUCUGUGAGAAGAAAAUUGAUUUAUAACCUUGACAACAUUUUUGUUUUUCACGCACAAUGAAGAAUCCAUUUUGGAGUCAGUGGUAACUCUUCAUUUAAAAGCAGUAUACAUUAAAUAACAAACCUAGAUUAAUUGUCUCAUAUUAAUCAGCAUUAUAAUACAAUGUUAUAUGGAAAUAGUACAGUUCUAACCUUGAGACAUAUCUAGGAUUGUGUUGUCAAGCUUCUCUACAGUACAUCAGGGGUAAUCACAACAACAUUCAACACUGAGAGGAGAAAACACCAUCUUCUGAGCCACUGUGCAUGUUAACCCAUAUUUUACUAACACACUACUCUAAGAUUUGGCCACAUUUACAAGUCUCUGUUUUCUGUGACCCAUACCUAGUAAUUUGAUAUAUUUUUUAUAGUUUUCUUGUUGUAAUACUUGUAAGAUAUUCACCAAAAAGUUUAUAUAUUUUAACAAAACUUUAAACAGUACUUAUAUCACAUAAAUUAUUUUAAAAACACCGCAAUUUCACUGUUUUUUUAAUGGUCAUUGUUGUAGGUUGUGCAAAUGUGUUAAAAAAGUUUUAUUUCUAAAAUAAAUGUAACCUAACCUUAGUGGGUAUGAAAAACAGACCUAA